CGGAAACUGCGACGUCAUGAGCCCUGGAGUCACUGGCACUGCUUCCAGCCCAACAGGCGAAGUAAGCCGCCUCUGCCGUGAAUUGGUGUCCACCAACCACACUAGUGAAGUAGCGCCAUCUGGUCGGCUUCCGACGACGUGCUCGCUCGCCGCUAGUAUCUACAGCACAGCGACAGAAACGUCGGCACUCGCUGCGCUCAGUCUGACCUCUCCAGUGGCGUCAGACGACUUGAAAGCGGGCCUGACGGUGCUCAGCACUGCGCUCAACUCGCCGAAUCUCGAUUCGGUGUCGAUGUUCAAGCUUGAGCUGCUCUUACUUGAGCAGUUCCUUCUCUAUCGACAAGUCCUCUUGUGCGGUCCACUGAAUGUCGAAACGUCGACUCAGUAUCGGCAGUCACUGGCGCGUCUUGUGGCUGCGCUCCCCAGGCGGUCGCCCGACGAAAAUGAAGACGAAACUCAAGCCAAAACGAAGCACCCAAGCCUGAGUGACGAUGGGUGGAAGUGGAACCCAUUUCCACAGGCCACAACACUGGUAAUGCUGCUGGAGGAGGAGUUGGCUCUCCGCUCAGCUGCAAACAGCGUUCAAGAUUUGACCGAACUUCUCGAGCUUCUGGGCGCGACGUUCGAGAUUGGCCCGCCACGCAGCCGUGCAGAGCUCUCGGAUGCUGCAAUCAAGACAUUGACUGAGAUGUACUUGCACAUGGCCUUUGCAGGAGACAAGAUUGGCCGCUCGGUUGGUCGUGCUCUCGCGCAUUGGGUGUACAACAACGAGUCUGGAAAGGGCAAGCUCCGCCAAACCCUCUUCGAGCACGACAACGAGAAAAGGACCUUCUUGGAGCAUCUCGGCCGACUCGAGAUGUCUGCUGAAACGGCGCCUUCAUGCGCCCUCCUUGUUCAGAACUGGGUCUGCGGCGACGAGGAACUACAGAGAGAGAUUGUUGACUCGCUCUUUUUCACCCAUCCUUGCCAGUUCUUCUCUUCAACCUGUCACAAGCCGCUCCUGUCCCUCAAUUCUGCUCUCAUGUCAUCGGCUCGGCGACUUUGCGUCAUGGUGCGCGAGGUCCACCCGGGCAGGCACGCCACCACAAGCGUGCUUGCUGGUCUCGCCGCCAGCGUGGCUGAGCUGUUUGUGCGGUGCUUGCGGGAGAUGCCGCUACAACUUGUUUGUGCGCAGCUUCUGCUCGAGCUCAAAUCGCACGUCAAGCUCUCACCAGGGGCAGAGUCCGAGGCAAUCACGAUGAUCGCAUCGUUUCCCAAGUCGAAGCUUGCUGAAACGCUCCGUCCGCUGGUGAAUGCGAACAUUCGGCCAAUGCCACCGCCAGCUGGAUCCAAAAUCGACAUGGCCUGGUUCGACUGAUCGCUGUUGGUUGGUUGUUUGUUUGCGUUGUUUGUUUGCGUUGUUUGUUUGCUUUGUUUGUUUGUUCGGACAGUUCGACCUCUUUGUUGAUCGAGUU